UGUAAUCAGCCAGUUUACACUAUACAUUUUCUUUGUUUUGCAACAAAAACAUAUUAUAAAGACGUAAUGUAUUUAUUUAGUAUUUUGGUAAUUUGCUCAUCAAUUUUAAUGCUAGAAGCGUUUGACUUGCAUUCAUUAGACUAUAUCGAUGAAAUAAUAUCAUUCGUUACUGCAAGUUCUUCCGAUGAAACUGCCGGCCAACAAUUGGAUCAAUUGAAAAUUGAUGAUGAGAAAAAUAAUGCCAAGAUAAUUAAUAAAUAUUUUACGAAAGCUCCGCAUUUGAAUGUAACAGAUGAAGAGUAUGAAGAACUAGAAGGACUGAUUGAAAAAAUAGAUAAAGCUUGGGAACAGUUUGGGAACAAAGACUUAACGGAUGAUGACAAGAAUGUGCUGGGUGAUUUGCCUGAGACUCUUAGCCAGCUGUACAAAAUUUACGUAGGCGAUGGUGUUGGAGAUAAUUUGCCCACUCGCAUUGCAAACGAUAUACGUCCAAGUAUAUGUGAAAUAACAACUAAUGAACAAUUUCGACUGCGUAAAUUACAUCAAUCUGUCAUUUUAUCUGAGCUUAGAGGAUAUAUUUUGAGUCUCAAGUCAUCAGAGGACGUUGAAAAAACUACAGCACGCGCUAUUUUACAUUCAGAAGGAUAUAUUUUAGCAACGAAAAAAGGGUUUUUAGACGCUGCAGUUGGGUUCCGUCGCUGUGAUCCACCAGAACAUAUUCGUGGAAAAACAUUUUCGGAAUUUUUGGGUCUUUUUCAAGGAGUUAUUGUCAAUGAUGCACAGACAAGUCGUAGUCAUUGUUCAAGAUCAUGCGACGGUUUAAAUUAUUCCCGUAUUGACAGGUGUUAUAAAAUACCUGAUGACGAUGAUGGUUACAGAACACAUUGUCAUACAAAGCCUUGCAAUGGAAUACUUUAUGAUUGUGGCUACACUGGGAAUGUACAUGCCUGUGAACUGGAUAAAAAUUCUGAUAGACGGUUUCAGUGGGCCAUGGACUCUUGCGAGGGAAAGAAAGUUUUCUUGAAAGAUCGUAAAACUCUGUUUAAUUAUUGCCCAACUUGUAUGUGUACUUGCGCUGAGCAAGACGGCAAGUCUACAGCUAUUAGGACAAUUAGUUUGAUACCACAAUAUGCAGACAUUGAAAAUAAUAUGGUAAUCACUGGAGUACGUUUUGUCAACAAAUAUAAAUUAUUCCAUGUUCAAAUUGAGCAAAGUAAAUUAGGACCUUAUGGUGAAAUAGUACCAGGGACAUCAAAGUGGAAAAAAUUGUCCCGAUAUUACUAUGAAGAAAAUAACGAUGGCGGUUUUGUGAUGAGUAAUAAAAAAGUUCAACGAAAACUAUUCAAUAAUGUAGAUUUUAAAUUUAUUACCCAUGCUAGUAGAACAAUAAAUAUCGAUCAAUUAAAAACACCAAUGGGUGAAAUAAUGGUUGGAGUUACUUUUGUUUAUAACAGCGAAACAAAAGCUGUUGAAUUACAAAUUCUUUCAUGGCCGUUUGAUUACAAAACUGGUAAACUAGAAGAUCCCGUUGAUUUGGAGGACGAGGAUGCUGAUUUUGAAAGUGAUUGGAUAAAUUGGCAAAAUACACCAAGGCGUUCAAGUGCAUACGACAAGAGGCGUUAUAAUCUGGAUUUGUCCAAAUUGGAUGAUCCCGUAAAAGCACCUAAACACCCACCAUAUUCAGAUCCCAAUGAAGCACUCCAAAUACGAGCUACUGAUUCCGGACUAGACAUGGCCCAACACACUAUUCCUUAUAUUGAUAUACAGCCGAUAGCAUUAUCAGAUCUCAAAGCCCCGCUUGGUGGAUUGGAAUUAAUGUACCGAAGAAAAAAAGGUUAUGGAGGUUUUUUGGGUUUUAAAAUACGCGCAUACGAUUUUUCUGAAUUUUUCGGUGAUAAAAUGUCACAAGAUGAUUUAGAUAAAUACAAAAAAGAUUUCGAUGAAGAUAUUGUUAUUGAUGUACCAAUUGGAUCUGAUUAAUUAUAUAAUUAUUAUAUUUUUCUCUAUAAUUUUAUAAUCGCCUCGACUUUGGUAAUUAUUAUUGUAAUUAACUUAAAUGAAUUAAUAAACAAAAUUCAGC